AUGCCUGUAACUACCAGAUCUCAGUCCAAAAGACGUCUCUUGUCUAUUCCAAAAGAUGUAGAGUCACAUCUACAUCUUUCCAAGACUUCCUCCUCAGAUGGUCCCCUACAAAACCUUGAUAUUCACUCUAAGAAUCGUCAGUGCCAGUCAAAACGCCAGUCAAAACUCCAGUCAAAACGUCAGUCCAGGAAACAACCGCCAAAACAACAUCACAAAUAUCAACAAUCCAACCAAGAGAAGCCUCUCAGAGGAAGCACAAACCCAAAUCUCCCUUCUACUACUAUGACUCACUACCCUUGUAAUCAGUGUAAUUGCCCUCAAGGAGUCUUCGAGUUAUUGAUUCCUAUUUGUGUCAAUUGUAGGCAUACGAUUGAAUAUCACAACCUUCCUGAUAUAAGUUCAUGGAAUCCGAACUGUCCUAAUGUUUGUGAGAGACAGCAUGUGGUUUCUACAGUUCUGCAACAGGCACAAUAUAUGAGAGUGGUGGUUAUUCGAGCAACCCCUUUAGUAGGAAAAACAACCCUUCUAUCAUUACUUGGCCGUCAUAUUCUUCAUCAAAGAGAAGAUCUUGAGCCUGUAUUCAUUUAUUGGGAGUCUAAGGAUCAACGCAAUAAUAUCCCCUACAAGCAGUAUCUAAAGGAGCAAGUACGCUAUGCACGAAUUGAAAACGCCAUAUAUCGUCCAUGUAACCCGAACGCCAGAGUAAUAUUUUUAAUUGAUGAAGCUCAAGGCUCUUAUGAGGAUGAAGCAUUUUGGUCCUUUGAACUCAAGAAACCCAACACUAGAAGGCAACCAAUCUUCGUGCUUGUCUGUCUUUAUGGCUCUAUUGGCCUUCCCGGGAAUCAAAACACAUUCGAAUCGCAAGCUUUGAAAGUAGACGUAGACGCCCUCAAUCGGAUUGAAUUACGCCCAUCCAAACAUAAUUCUCUAUGCAUGCUCUUCAAGUCGGAAGAGACAUUGAUCGUAGUCAGCAAAUGGGUCUUGGAGAAUAGUUUCAAACCUGAAAGUGUCGAUCUUGAAGCGAUAGCCGAGUAUAUCCACACUGCUACUGACGGUCAUCCGGGCAUGGUCGGGUUCAUCUUAUCAAGUUUUGAAUUGUUGAUUAAACAGUCUAGGCCUGGAAGUAGCGAAAUUACUUAUAUCUUCGCUUCUCCAAUACAUAGAAGAAUUGCAUAUCGUCGUCUUAUUCCAGGUCCACCACCAGGAAUCAAUUCAGAUAAAGCCACCCUUCAGCAAACCUGUCUAAACGCUAUUGAAAGAUUCAGCCCAUCUGUUUUCCAUCAUCGUUCUCCCUCGUCAAAUGGCAAUAAGUUGGGUAUUCCAGAAGCAGCGUUUCAGGAUGAAAUGUAUUGUUGUCUUAACUAUGAACUUCAUAGUCUACCCAUUUUAGCUGAAUAUGCUGAUACACCGGAUGGACGAAUCGAUUUCUACAUCUUUGAUAAGAAAUGGGGUAUCGAAAUACUUCGGUCUGGCAACAACGGAAGACUAGAAGAACACGCAAGCCGCUUUAAACCUGAGGGGAAAUAUCAUAAAUGGGGUAUUCUUGAAGAUUACAUCAUUCUUAAUUUUUGUUCGAAGUCUUUUCUCGAUACGCUUCACGUCAGAGAUAUUGAUAUCCAAUCGCAUAUGUUGCAUAUUGUUAUCGACGCCAAGGAAUGUACUGCGGAAGUAUACACAUAUGACAAGCAGCUACGAGCAACUUUGAAUUUGGGCGAGGGAAGACAACGAUCGUAUUCCACUGAGAAGGAUUCAGCUGCUGAGGAUGAUGAUCCUCUCAUGACUAUUCGAGACCUGAAAAUAGAAGCGGAGCAAUGGAAGCAAGAGAAACAAGAGAUGGAACGAGAGAAACAAGAGAUGGAACAAGAGAUGGAACGAAAAAUACUUGAACUGCAACAACAGCUUAGUCAGAGGUGA